AUGGGAUCCGCGAUUUCAAAGUGCUUAAACCGAGAGAAAAGAAGUGCAGUAUUUAUAGGGCCAAAGGACUCAGGCAAGAGAGAUAUAAUAAAAAUACUUCGAAAAGAUAAGACAGAACAAGCAGUUAAUAUGUACGAACAGUUCACGGUUAGAGGAAAGGGGUACUCCACUGAGAUAUAUGCCAUAUCAGAAGACCAGAAUCAUAUUAAUUUUUGGAAGUUUUAUACGCAAAACUGCAAUCUGGUGGUGUUUGUGGUGAACAUCAGUGAGGAAAAGCAGAUAGAAGAGUCCAAGAACGUUUUUGAGAACUUCUUUACCUCAUACGGGACAAACAAAGAGAGCAUUGCAUUUAUGCUGUGCAGGAAAAGGGAAGGAGAGACAGAGGAAAAGAGCACUUUGGAGGACCAAAGGAAUAGCUUAAAGUUUAAAGAGCACUUUUCAACAAUUGCAGGCCUGGAUAAGAAAUUGUUAGAGCAUAAUAUUAUAGUCAAUGAAACAACAAGCAGAAGUAAAUUGCUAUCUUUUAUAUGUAAUAAUUAUAGCUAG